AUGGAAAUUGAUACUAAUUCAAAUUGUUGUCGAAUGUGGAUUAAAAGAUGCUAUCGCACAUUGAUCGGUGCAUAUUCUUUGCAUCUGAGUGGUUCACCUGAGGGUCCGGCAGGAACCGGCAAAACUGAAACAACUAAAGACUUGAGUCGAGUUAUCGCCGUGCAAUGUAUAGUAUUCAAUUGUUCAGAAGGUCUUGAUUACAAGAAUAUGGGUAAAUUCUUCAAGGGUUUGGUGAGCUGUGGCGCAUGGUCUUGUUUUGAUGAGUUUAAUCGUAUUGAAUUGGAAGUGCUGUCAGUUGUGGCUCAACAAAUGUUAUGCAUAAUGCAGGCUGUACGUGCUGGUUUGGAAAUGUUUGUCUUUGAAGAUACCAAACUUAAAUUGAACCCAGCUGUUUUCGUGUGCAUCACAAUGAAUCCUGGUUAUGCCGGUCGCACGGAGCUGCCAGAUAAUUUAAAAGUCUUGUUUCGCACAGUUGCUAUGAUGGUACCAGAUUACGCCAUGAUUGCUGAAAUCUUUUUAUAUUCGUCGGGUUUUAGUUUCGCCCGCGAACUUUCUACAAAAAUCGUUACUACAUAUAAGCUCUGUUCUGAGCAAUUAUCUACACAGUCACACUAUGACUAUGGUAUGCGCGCCGUCAAAACUGUCCUUUCUGCAGCGCAGAAUCUAAAGUUGAAGCAUCCCAAUGAAAAUGAAGCUAUUCUUCUUCUACGCUCGUUAAUUGAUGUGAACUUACCUAAGUUUCUAACACGAGACGUGCCACUCUUUCAGUCAUAUGCGACUCCAGAACGAUGUUGGGAUCUCAUUCAAUGGAUGCCAAUUGUACCAAUUGUCAAGGACACUUAA